UUCAUCAUGACGCUGCUUCUUCAUGUGCUGAUGCUGUUUCUUCUCUCCGGUGGUUCAGCCAAAGUUGUGCGGAAUUUUGAGCAUGAGUGUGGUCAAUUUUUUGCAAAUGGAAAAUCCCCAACAACAUUUACUGGACCACAGUACAGGCAGAUCUGCCAAACUCGAAAUGAUGUUGCUUAUUUUGCCACAUAUUAUGAUACAUACAACAGGAUCCCAGUGUACUCAGCCUACAAGUUUGAAGGGUUAAAGCACUGCACAAGACUUAAUGAGUGGUACAUUGAACCUCAACUUGAUGAUAAUGAGGCAGGACUAAACAUGGCAUUCCAGAAGAAUGUAAGAUAUUGUGGAGAACGUCAAGCUCUCAAUGGAGAUUAUGUGAAGUCUGGCUUCCACAAAGGUCAUCUGGCACCAGUCUAUCACGCAGAAUCACAGGACUGUGCUGACGCCACCUUCACUCUCACCAAUGCUGCUCCACAAAACUCCUCUUUUAACCAAGGUCAAUGGAGGAAGGUAGAAGAAAUGUUGGCAAAAGAUAUUGAAUUCAAAUGUCAAAUUCAACAUGUUUACAUUGUUACAGGGGUGGUACCAGGUAAAAAAUUUUUACCAGAUGAAAAAGUAAAAAGAGUGAAUGUGCCUAGUCAUUUCUGGACUGCAUUCUGCUGCUUAGACCAUAAAAACCGAUGUUCACACUCAGGGGGAGUCAUUGGAACCAAUGACAAAAACUCCUUUAUUGUGGGAAUGACUGUGGCUUUUUUAGAGAGAAGGUUGCAAAACCUUUAUAGAACAACAACAUUUAGGGUGUUUCAAUAA